GUACAGCAUAGCGUUACGUGUCUAUGGCUGUGCGGUUAUUGAAGACACAUGGCAUUAUUUUUUGCAUCGUCUGCUGCACCAUAGAAGACUCUACAAAUAUGUACACAAAGUACACCAUACUUACCAGGCACCCUUUGGAAUGACUGCUGAAUAUGCACAUCCCAUUGAAACAAUUGUUCUUGGUGCCGGUUUCUUUAUUGGAAUAUUAUUAUUUACCAAUCAUUUUAUUUUACUGUGGGCGUGGGUGAUUUUUCGAUUGAUGGAGACGAUAGAUGUCCACAGUGGUUACGAACUCCCCCUGAAUCCAAUGCAUUUGUUACCAUUCUAUGGAGGAGUUCGUUUCCAUGACUUCCAUCACAUGAAUUUUAAUGGGAAUUAUUCAUCAUCCUUCACGUGGUGGGAUAAAUUGUUUGGAACAGAUCAACAAUACAACGAUUAUUAUCAGAAACUUGAAGAUUCCGUGGCAACGAAGAAGACAAAGUGA